AUGUGCCGGCACCCUGAGAAACCGCGGGUUCCACCGCCACGACGACCGAAGGAGGCGGAGACGUCUGCGGCGGCCUUCGCAGGCUGCGCCCCGUGCGGCCCAGUCGUGUGGCAAAUAGUUCCCUCGCGGAAUUCACGUGCACCGCACCACGUGCCGGGCGCAGCGUAUGUUUGCGUCGUGGGGGACAAUGCGGUGGUGUCCAUUCUCCUUCUUCUUGCGAGUGAACGAACAGGGGCGGGGUGCUCUGCUCCUUCGCACCUCAGCAAAUUGCAGCGCAAAUUGUCACCGCGACGAGGCAGUCAAUUUCACUGUGAGUGGGUGAUAUUUGCGUGUGACUACGCACACACAGAGCUGUGGGGAUCCGAAUGCCAAAUGCAAUACGAGAA